GCGCAGCGCCUCAGCUGUGUCCCGUGCUUCGCGCUCGUGCCUGUCUGUUAUGGCGUCGCUCACCGUGAAGGCCUACCUACUGGGCAAGGAGGAGGCGGCGCGCGAGAUCCGCCGCUUCAGCUUCGGCUUCAGCCCCGAGUCGCAGGCGGAGGCCGAGGAGGCGGCGGCGGCCCCCGGGCCCUGCGAGCGGCUGCUGAGGCGGGUGGCCGCCCUGUUCCCGGGCCUGCGGCCCGGCGGCUUCCAGGCGCACUACCGCGAUGAGGACGGGGACUUGGUGGCUUUUUCCAGUGAUGAGGAGCUGAUGAUGGCCAUGUCUUAUGUGAAGGACGACAUCUUCCGCAUCUACAUUAAAGAGAAGAAAGAGUACCGGAGGGAGCACCGCCCCCACUGUGCGCAGGAAGUGCCUCACCCCAUGGUACACCCCAACGUGAUCUGCGACGGCUGUGACGGGCCUGUGGUGGGAACUCGGUACAAGUGCAGUGUGUGCCCCAACUACGACCUGUGUGGCGCCUGCGAGGGGAAAGGCAUUCACAGGGAGCACAACAAGCUCCCGCUGGCCAGCCCCCUGGAGCACUUUGCUGAGGGCUUCGCUCACAGCCGCUGGUUCCGGAAGCUGAAACAUGGGCAUUGCCGGUGGCCUGGCUGGGAGAUGGGCCCACCAGGCCACUGGAGCCCACGUCCUCGAGUGGGAGAUGCCCGCCCCAGGGCAGAGUCAGCUUCUGGCCCAUCAGAGGAUCCCAGUGUAAAUUUCCUGAAGAACGUAGGGGAGAGUGUGGCAGCUGCCCUGAGCCCUCUGGGCAUUGAAGUUGACAUUGACGUGGAGCACGGAGGGAAGAGGAGCCGCCUGACAUCCAUCUCCCCGGAGAGCUCCAGCACAGAUGACAAGGGCAGCUCCCAGCCAAGCAGCUGCUCUUCUGAACCAAGCAAGCCAGAGGGCAGUGGCAAGGGCAUAGCGCAGUCUCUGGCAGAGCAGAUGAGAAAGAUCGCCCUGGAGCCCACAGGGCAGCCCGAGGAGCAGAUGGAGUCUGACAACUGUUCGGGAGGAGACGAGGACUGGACUCAUCUGUCCUCAAAGGAAGUGGACCCCUCCACCGGGGAGCUUCAGUCCCUCCAGAUGCCAGAGUCGGAAGAGCUGAGCUCUCUGGACCCUUCCCAGGAGGGGCCCACAGGGCUGAAGGAGGCUGCCUUGUACCCGCACCUCCCACCAGAGGCUGACCCCCGGCUGAUCGAGUCACUGUCCCAGAUGCUGUCCAUGGGCUUCUCUGAUGAAGGCGGCUGGCUCACCCGCCUCCUGCAGACCAAGAACUACGACAUUGGGGCUGCCCUGGACACCAUCCAGUACUCCAAGCACCCGCCACUGUGAUGGUGCCCUGGCGCUGUCCCGAGCCCGCUUUCCUGUCUCAUUGCUGCUGCGGUGUGCACAGCACCGACAUCUGAAUCCCCAGGAGGUGCAGCCUGGCCAGCGGGUUUGCUGUUGGGAGCGGCGGGGCUGGUGAGGGGAAAUCAGGGUAAAUCCAGCUUAGGGUUUCACUUAGGAUCCUGACCACUCUAGUUCUCAUUUCCAAAUGUGUUAAGUGCUUUAAAACACAAACUCCCUCUGCAGCCACCCUGAUCUGGAAUCCCCUGUAAUUAAACGGCAUACGCACUUUAA